AUGACCUCCAGUAACCCCACGACCCCACGUGCCCCACAGCGUCUGACGCUGGAAGAAAAAAUGUGGUUUGAUCGACGACGAAAAGAUAUUGAGUACUGUUCAGGCGUUGGUGGAGCUUUGGGUGCUGCUGUGACUGCCACGAUUACCACUUUUGGCCCAUUUCCAAAACGUGUACAAGUCUUUGCCAUUGCUGGUGGAGUUAUUAUUGGUGGUGGAAUCGGAUAUCUAUAUGCAGACAGUCAAGCACUGGAACGAGUGCAAGAUUUGAGUGCUAGUAGUAACUUACGCAAACAAUACCAACAAAUUGAGAUGGAAAAGAAGGCAAGCAGCAAGAAGAUCAAGUAA